UACCCACUUUCUCAAAUCUGCUCAGUCAACAGGACAACCCUUGAUGCGUCCGUAUUUGAGAGUUCCCUUGCUCAAGCUCCUUUCUUUGUUUCCAGAGAACACAAUAAACUUAUGUUUCUUGGAUGCGGUAAUGCCCUCUUACAUUUGAUAGAUGGCAGUCAGCAGAUCUUGUCUGGUUGCACCUCAAUGUGUAACAGAACCGCGACAAUUACCGGUUGCUAUGGCAUCAAUUGUUGUCAGGCAAGCAUUCCAUACUACCUCAGCCAAUACAGUUUGCAGUUAACAGCGUCGGAGAACUUCACAUCUAGCACCUGUGCUUAUGCCUUCUUGGUUGACCAAAACUGGGAGUUGGAGAUUUAUACUUCAAAAGUAUUUCUAAAAAAUGCUCCUGUUGUGUGGUCCUGGCCCCUGAAUCAUUCUCAAAUUCAAACCAUCUCAGGUUGCAGUGCCCAAAAUAGCUCCCUUCAGUUAAAAUCCAGCAGUAUUACCACUUAUCAGUGUGAAUGCAGCGCCUUAGGAGAUGAUACUUGGUUUUAUCAAAUCAAUCCGUACUUAGAUGGCGCCUGUAAACACGCCGUUGCCGAAAUCAGGCGCAAGGGGAACAGGACAGCGAUUAUUACUGGUACUGCCGUCGGAGCUGGCAUGUUGAUUCUUUUGAUCAUUACAUUUUGUUCGUACAAAGUAGUGAAGAAGAUACACGAAAAUAAGCGCAAAGAGAAAUUUUUCAGAAAAAUGUUAAAACAACAGUUACCUGCCGAGGAUAUUGAAAAUGCAAAGCUUUUCACUGCUAAGGAAUUAAGCAACGCCACUGACAAUUUCAAUGAAAAUCGAAUACUUGGUCAAGGUGGUCAAGGUACAGUAUAUAAAGGGAUGUUAAAUGAUGGAAAGAUAGUGGCAAUCAAAAAGGCGAAAAAUGUGAAUGACAUGCGCUUUGAGGAAUUCGUGAAUGAGUUGGUCCUUUUGUCGCAAGUCAAUCACAGGAACGUAGUAAAACUCCUAGGCUGUUGUUUGCAAACAGAAGUUCCCCUACUGGUUUACGAAUUCAUCCCCAAUGGAACCCUUCAUAGCCUCAUUCAUAAUCAGAAUGAAGUUGAAUUCCCCUUCACUUGGAACUUGAGACUAAGAAUAGCCACGGAGAUAGCAGGGGCAUUGGCAUAUCUGCACUCACAAAUCUCAGUUCCCAUCUUGCAUAGAGAUGUCAAAUCCAGCAAUGUACUUUUGGAUGAAAAGUACAUAGCCAAAGUAGCAGAUUUUGGAACUUCCAGGUCCAUUGAAGUUGAUAAAACUCACUUAACUACAGGUGUUAAGGGGACUUUUGGCUAUUUGGAUCCAGAGUACUUUCAGACGAGUCAGUACACGGAGAAAAGUGAUGUUUACAGCUUUGGAGUUGUUCUUGUCGAGCUACUAACAAGACAAAAGCCAAUAUCCUCCACACAAACAGCAGAAGCUCAUGAUGGUGUGAGUUUGGUGGACAGAUUUAUAAAAUCCAUGAACCAGAAUUCUCUGCAAAUGAUUCUUGAUCCUCAAAUUUUAGAUGAAAGAAAUCAGAAUGAGGUUGUUCUUGUUGCUAAACUUGCACGACGAUGCCUAAACGCAACCGGGAAAACAAGGCCAACUAUGAAGGAAAUACUCACGGAGUUGGAAAGCACUAAAUUGUCCAAAGGGGAUUCAACUGUUGAUGCAGAUUUUCAAGGUCCAAGUUGUAUUGAAAAGUUGCCUGUUGGCAUUGUUGGGGAUCCUGAUACAUACACCUGGACAAGUGGAAGUGAUCCUGUUGAGUCAUCUUCAGAUGCCUACCCUUUUCUGAGUAAUCUAGUCUAAUUAAUUGAAGGAUUCUUUAUCACUAGUGCUUGAGAUGUCCCA